CUUCUUUGGUCAAAAAACCUCUCAAAGAAGCUGUGAUCAUCAAACACACACUCACCCAUUGAAAAAAACAAUCCAUCAACCACAACAUACUGAAUCCUGAAUUGAUUUCUAUGCCAUUUGUAUGGUAUUUCGUCUCCCACCAAGCAAUGUCAAUGGCCCUGAUCUCUCCCCCACACCACUACCAACAGUUAUACGCGUAAUCUCCAUCGCCUCCUCCUCCUUCUUCUGUUUUUUUCGAUUCUUUUCAUGAGUUGUUUCUAAUAUAUAUUAGAAACGGAAUACUGGAGAAUUGGGUACUGGUUUCAUUUUCAGCAUGAGAGGACAGACCGAUGGCAAAAAGUUUCUGGUUAUAUUUAACUUUGUUAUCGUGCCGAUCGCGUUGUUUCUCGCGUUUUCUGCUUCUUCGGCGGAGGUGGUACUGCAUGACGACUUCAAGUGCCUCCAAGGUUUGAAGAACUCACUGCGCGAUCCAUUGCAGAAGCUCAGCUCGUGGAGCUUCUCCAACACGUCCCCAGGCUUCAUAUGCAAGUUCGUUGGGGUCUCAUGCUGGAACGACCGCGAGAAUCGCGUACUCAGCCUCGAACUCCGAGACAUGAAGUUGUCGGGCACGGUUCCCGAGUCCUUGAAGUACUGCCGGAGCCUGCAGAAUCUGGAUCUCUCGGCCAACGACCUGCACGGUACGAUACCUAAAGAAACAUGUACUUGGUUGUCCUUUUUAGUAACCUUGGAUCUAUCUAAUAACGGUCUUUCCGGUUCUAUUCCACCCGAGCUUGCAAAUUGUACGUAUCUGAAUAGUCUGAUGAUGUCGGAUAACAAGCUCUCAGGCACCAUACCUUACGAACUCUCUAGUUUGGGUAGGCUGAAUAAGUUUUCCGUGGCGAAUAAUGAUCUUACGGGUAGGGUGCCGUCGCCUUUCGGUCGGUUUGACAAGGCCGGUUUUACUGGGAAUGAUGGGCUUUGUGGGGGACCUUUAGGGAAGUGUGGGGGGUUGAGCAAGAAGAAUUUGGCGAUCAUCAUUGCUGCCGGGGUGUUUGGUUCGGCGGGGUCGUUGUUGCUGGGUUUUGGGGCGUGGUGGUGGUACCAUUUGAGGUUGAGUAGGAGGAGGAAGAGAGGGUAUGCGUUUGGCAGAGAUGAUGAUUGGGCUGAGAGGUUGAGGGCACACAGGCUUGUUCAAGUUACGUUGUUUCAGAAACCGCUUGUCAAGGUUAAGUUGGCGGAUUUAAUGGCAGCCACCAACAAUUUCUGCCCCGAAAAUAUAAUCAUUUCGACUAGAACUGGGACUACUUACAAGGCUGUGCUGCCGGAUGGAUCGGCGCUUGCAAUCAAGCGUUUGAGUACUUGUAAGCUUCCGGAGAAGCAGUUUCGUUUGGAGAUGAACCGAUUAGGACAGCUUAGGCACCCUAAUCUGGCACCCCUUUUGGGGUUUUGUGUGGUAGCGGAAGAGAAGCUUUUGGUCUAUAAGCAUAUGUGUAAUGGGACUCUGUCUUCUUUGUUGCAUGGAAGUGGUGGUGAUGCAUUGGACUGGCCAAGUAGAUUUAGGAUUGGUUUGGGUGCGGCACGGGGUCUGGCCUGGCUGCACCAUGGGUGCCGCCCUCCAAUUAUGCAUCAGAAUGUAUGCUCCAAUGUGAUCCUUAUUGACGAGGACUUUGAUGCCAGGAUAAUGGAUUUUGGGUUGGCAAGGCUGAUGACUUCUUCUGAUUCUAAUGAGAGUAGUUUUGUCAAUGGGGACUUGGGAGAACUUGGUUAUGUGGCUCCAGAAUACCCAAGCACAUUGGUUGCUUCGCUGAAAGGGGAUGCUUAUGGAUUUGGGGUGGUGCUUCUUGAAUUGGUAACUGGACAAAAGCCUCUUGAAGUCAACAGUGUUGAGGAAGGAUUUAAGGGCAACUUGGUGAAUUGGAUGAAUCACCUCUCCAGUUCUGGUCGAACGAAAGAUGCCAUCGAUAAGGCUCUGUGCGGAAAAGGGCAUGAAGAAGAAAUCUUGCAGUUCAUUAAAAUUGCAUGUAAUUGCGUGGUUUCUCGGCCCAAGGACAGGUGGUCAAUGUACCAGGUUUAUCAAUCAUUGAAGAAUAUGUCCAAAGACCAUGGCUUCUCCCAACAAGACAAUGAAUUUCAACUGAUACCUGGUAGGCCAGAUAAUGAUUCAGUAUAAAAACUUGGAGCAAUGAUGGGAGAAGCAUGGUAAAGUUGUUUCAGUUUUCUACGUCUUGUGCCUGCCAAUUUCCUUGAGUGAGAAGUUGUAGGAGAGAUAGAGGAACAGAUAUGGUGUGUGGCCGUAGGGUUUUCAGG